CCGGCGAGAUCAAACAUGGCGGCUAAAAUUCAUAAAUUUUCACAAUUUCGACAUUCUCUGCUGAAUUUCUCUCGAUACAAGGCGUACCGGCUACUAUCUACCAGUCAGCGAUGUAGGGUAUCAGUCAAGAGCAAUAAUGAUGUGGAUGAUGAGACACAUUUUGGUUUUGAACGAGUGAAGGAAAGUGAAAAAGGAGAAAAAGUGUAUGAAGUGUUUCACAGAGUGGCUGACACAUAUGAUUUAAUGAAUGAUGCCAUGAGUGGAGGCGUUCACAGACUCUGGAAGGACCACUAUAUGGAAAAACUUGCCCCAACACCUGGAACUAAACUGCUGGAUGUAGCUGGGGGAACAGGCGACAUAGCAUUUCGAUUUCUUAAGUAUGUAGAAAACGAAGGUGAGGCACCAGUGCAUACUGACCAGGACUUCAUGUUUGAUAUACCAAUUGAUGUUAUGGCAUCUGAUUACAUGAACGAUAUAGAGUCUGAUAAAGAUGUACCACCAGGUAGAGCCCAACUGCCAGGGUCCCAUGUUACUGUAUGUGAUAUAAACCAAGCCAUGCUACAAGUGGGCAAGGAUAAAUCAAGAGCACUUAAUCACCCUGAAGAAAGGAUAUCUUGGGUGCGAGGUAAUGCUGAGAAUCUCCCUAUACCAGAUAACACUUAUGAUGCUUAUACCAUAGCAUUUGGCAUUAGAAAUUGCACACAUGUAGAUAAGGUGCUGGAUGAGGCAUAUCGUGUGUUAAAACCAGGUGGAAGGUUCACAUGUCUAGAGUUCAGUAAAGUCAACAACACCAUAUUAAGAAACAUAUAUGACCAAUAUUCUUUCCAAGUGAUUCCAGUGCUGGGUCAGUUGCUUGCCAAAGACUGGAGAUCUUAUCAAUAUUUAGUAGAGAGCAUUAGGCAGUUUCCAAAUCAGGAGACCUUCAAGUCUAUGAUAGAGGAAGCAGGAUUCAGUGCAGUAACAUAUGAAAACUUGACAUUUGGGGUAGCAACAAUUCACUCAGGAUAUAAGUUAUGACAAAUGAUAUGCUGAACACUCUGUUAUUAUUAUAGAUGCUAAAUUGGUCAUCCAGUGAUGUACUGUACACGUGCUUAGAAGCUACAGACAGAAUAUUCACAUACAUAAACCUGUCUUAGUGAACACC